CCUGUGCGAAAGCAACAAGAGGCGACCGACGGUAACGUCUCCUCCUCUCCUCCUCUCCGAGCCCCGGGCUAAAGCUAACGGUGCUGGCUGGCCACGGCAGCGUUCUCCCCCGGGAGGAGGGACGCAACUUGUAUUUCUUGGAGGGGUUGUCUUUCCCCAAUUUGACAUUCUGCACUCAACUAGGAGGGAGCCUAUUUUAACGGUUUGCGGAUGGAUUGACGGAUUUUUUUUUUUUUUUUUUCCCCCUCCCCAGCGCAACACUGGCGUUCGUUUGGACGUCCUGAGCAGCAGGUGUACUGACGGAUAACGAAGGCCAAUCUCAGUGUUCAUGAAACUUUGCUACGAUUUACGCGCUGGGGUUGCCGUCCGCCAUGUUAAGCUAAAGCCCAGGUGCGCGGUGUUGACCAUGCUCAAGCGCCUGGACAAGAUCCGCUUCCGAGGCCCGAGGACGCGUGACGACUUCCCCGAGCUGGGCGACUCGCCGCCGGCCUCCGACAACGAAUGUAGCGACGACGUGCCGCCCAAGCCGCGCGCGGCCAACGACGAGCCCCCGCGUGACCCCGCUGGUUCAGGGUCUCCCAUCAUGGCAGCGGUGAUCCAGGACUUCCAAAGAUCGGAGUCGGACCGACUGAACGAGGUCAAAGGACACUUGGAAAUUGCCUUACUGGAGAAACACUUUCUACAGGAGGAGCUGAGGAAGCUGCGCGAGGAGACCAAUGUGGACUCGCUACGGCAGGAGCUGGAGAGGGAGCGCAGCAAACGCCUCGACCUGGAGCAGAAGAUGGGUGACGUGCUCAAGACCAGGCUGGAGGAUUCUCCGCCACAACCUCCGAGAAAACAACAGUCGCCCUCUAAUAAUGGAACAGCGGACAAGCAGCAGCAGCAGAAGGAGGUUUGGAGCUCGCGGCUGCAGAAGUGGCUGUACGAGCGCUUCGGCGUCUACAUCGAGGACUUCCGCUUCCAGCCCGAGGAGAGCACCGUGGAGGCCGAGGAACCGCUAAGUGCUAAAAGGUUGACAGAAAACAUGAGGCGACUCAAGCGAGGAGCUAGGCCUGUCACCAACUUCUUAAGGAACCUCUCGGCCUUAUCCAAUUGGCACUCUGUCUACACCUCAGCUAUUGCCUUCAUUAUCUACAUGAAUGCUGCUUGGCAUGGCUGGGCCUUCCCCAUGUUCCUCUUCCUGGCCAUUUUGCGCUUGUCCUUAAAUUACCUCAUUGCUCGAGGUUGGAGGAUCCAGUGGAGCAUUGUGCCUGAGGUCUCUGAACCCAUGGAGCCUCCAAAAGAAGACCUGACUGUGUCCGAGAAGUUUCAGCUCGUCCUUGACGUUGCACAAAAAGCACAGAACCUUUUUGGUAAGAUGGCGGACGUCUUAGAGAAGAUAAAAAACCUGUUCAUGUGGGUGCAGCCAGAGAGCACCCGAAAAUUGUACAUCUGCCUGUGGGUGGCGUUUAUCACCUCCUGCGUGCUGCCGUACAAACUCAUGGGCUUCAUGAUCGGCCUGUACGCCGGCGUCAAGUUCUUCAUCAUCGACUUCCUGUUCAAGAGCUGCCCCAAGCUGCGCGACAAGUACGACACGCCGUACAUCGUGUGGAACAGCCUCCCCACCGACCCCCAGCUCAAGGAGAGGACCAACGCCACUGUGUCUCGCCGGCUCUCUGCCACAGAGAAGGUCCAGCCGGUGGCUUCCCGAGGCAGCCUGGCCACGGCGCCGUGCGGCGUGAGCCGGGAGGAGGAGGCCGGGCGCUCCCACAGCACCAAGAAGGGGUCCUUCCACGAGAUCUUCAACCUGCCGGAGUCGGAGCGCCCUCUGGCAGUGUGUGAGAACGGCUGGCGGUGUUGCCUGAUAAACCGAGACCGGAAGAUGCCCACCGACUACAUCAGGAACGGCAUGCUUUACGUCACAGAGAAUUACUUGUGCUUCGAGAGCUCCAGUUCCAGGUCGGGCUCCUCCAAGAAGAACAAAGUCAUCAAGCUGGUGGACAUUACUGACAUACAAAAGUACAAGGUGCUUUCUGUCCUACCAGGAAGUGGAAUGGGCAUCUCAAUAGCAACUCCUUCCACUCAGAAGCCACUGGUGUUCGGCGCCAUGAUCCACAGAGACGAGGCCUUCGAGGCCAUCUUCACGCAGUACACAAAGGUGGUCACCACCAGCAAGCCGCCGGCAGCCGCCGCCGCCGCCUCUGCCGAAAUUUAGGCGGCCGGCCACAGCCCACUUCUUCCUGGAGACAUUUUUUUUUUAUGAACAGAAUGCUGGCUAGGGGGCUGGUCCUCCGCGCUCAACUGACUGCUUCCCUCUAUGUCGUUCCUCCUGUGCGUGUGUGUUGCAUGUGUGACAAAAUAGUCUUUUUCUCUUUUAUUUUUUUCUUCUUUUUUUUAGUUUUGUUUUAAAAUCCUCCUCCAGUGAUUUGAUUCUUCACGAUCAUAACUGGAGCUUUUAAGAAAAUUGUCAACGACACCAUUUUGUGAAGCGUUUUCAUCUGAGCUCAAAUGUUUAAUAACUGUGAAAAUGUCACAUACAAAGCCUUUGUGUUUAGUUUAAAGUCAGUUAAUUGCUUUGGUGUUUGUGUGCAAAUGUGAAAUACUGUACGGCGUUUUUUUUUUUGUGGUCCAGAUAUGCCUUUUCUUACCCGUUUGGACUGGGUGACUGACUGAGCACAACCGAGAACAUCUCACAUUUCAGCACAACGUGGUACUAAAUAGGCUCCCAUUCCCUGUGACUGCUAUUCUCUCCCUGCACUUUAUUGGUACGGUCGUUCAACUGGAUUCUUUGCGGACAUAUAUUGACUCAAUCGCUUCCGGUGAGGUAAUUUAAAAAAAAAAAAAAAGAAAGCAGUCAUUUUGUGCACGAGUAAAGCUGGUCUUGACUCCUUGGUGUCUGUUCAGUUUUUUGGAGGUGGUUACUCCCCUCCAGAUUCACAAAGGGGGAAAAAAAACAUUGACAUUUGAAUAUUUAUGCUAAGUCAUCGCUAAACCCCAAGGUUCCACAUAAAAGGACAUUUUAAAAGGCCAGGGUUGCACAAAUCAUUUUGAAUUAAGAACAAACCGGGUAUGACAUUGCCAUAUGUGCAAUUGACCUGUUUGAACAGAAACACUUUUUUUUUUUUUUUUUCUUUUUCUUUCUUUCUCUAUUUUUGUGUUGUUGCACGAUAUGAUUGGCUGUUGUCUUAAAAGCUUUCUACCAGAA